AUAUGCUAAUUGGCGACAUUCAUGAAGGGAAAUCUAUGUAGAUUGACCAUUUCACCCCAGAUCGGACGCGAAUUUAACAGCCAAGUUUUCGCUUCUUUCGUAUCCACAAUUGUUCCUUCAGCUUUACGCCCUUACAUCAUCAUAACAGAUUGGCGGGCCUAAACCCCGCCUUCCCCUCGGGGCUCGAUUCAAAUUUCAACCGAUGGUUCUUCACGCCAACUGCCGUUGACGCGAAUUUGGAUGAACGGAAGGAGUGUUCUCGGGCACUGAAUGGAAGAACUCACCGUGAGUAGUAAAACACGAAGGCAGCGGCGCAAGUGGGAGUUUCUCUUACUGACCGAGUGAGAAAGGUUGUCGUGAAGGCAGACCUGGCGUUGAUACUAAACGUACAACGUCCGAGUAAACUGGUCGCUUCAAGCCGUUUAAAUUACAAUGGUUCGUCACAGUCGGAGGAAUCAAAUAGAAGUAAUCCCCAACAAAAGUCGAGCAGGAUUCUGAAGCUUUCAACUGCGGACUGCUAUGCUGAUUCCAGCCAGCUGAAGAAUUAAAAGGUCCAUUACUACACAAAAUUGUGGCACCUUUAUGAUCCAAAUUAAUUUUUUGCAGAGAAAACAAUGAAGCUGAGCUUUGUAGGUAGUCAACAUCCUCAUAACCUUCAUACGUGUGGAUUCUGUAUUUUAAUUGCUUGACGAAGUUUUAAGUAUUCUGGCUGAGUUUACCGUGGUUAUGUGGAGAACCCCUACAUUAAACAGCUGAAUGGAUGCAAGUGAUAUUUUGGUUAGCCUGCGUGAAUAUCCCUAUCACAUCCGUUACAGAAUGGAGGCUUCCUGUUUGGAGCUAGCUUUAGAAGGUGAACGACUCUGUAAAGCAGGAGACUGUCGAGCUGGGGUAUCAUUUUUUGAAGCAGCAGUUCAGGUUGGAACAGAGGAUCUGAAAACCCUUAGUGCUAUCUACAGUCAGCUUGGAAAUGCUUAUUUUUAUUUGCAUGAUUAUUCUAAAGCUCUGGAGUACCACCAUCAUGACCUGACACUUGCAAGAACAAUUGGCGAUCGACUAGGAGAAGCUAAGGCUAGUGGCAACCUUGGCAAUACUUUUAAGGUUUUGAGGCGGUUUGAUGAAGCUAUAGUUUGCUGCCAAAGACAUUUGGAUAUUUCAAGAGAACUUUGUGAUAAGGUAAGUGAAGCGAGAGCUCUUUACAACCUUGGCAACGUAUACCAUGCUAACGGCAAAGCACUGGCUUGUGCGGCAGCACAGGACCCAGGGAACUUUCCAGAAGAGGUGGUGGUGGUGUUGCACAAAGCUUCGGAAUACUAUGAGACAAACCUGGCAAUGGUGAAAGAGCUUGGAGACAGAGCAGCCCAGGGACGGGCUUAUGGGAAUCUAGGAAAUACACAUUAUCUUUUGGGGAACUUUAGAAAAGCAGUGCAAUCCCAUCAGGAGCGCUUAAAAAUUGCGAAAGAGUUUGGAGAUAAAUCUGCUGAAAGGAGAGCUUGCAGCAAUUUGGGAAAUGCCCAUGUCUUUCUUGGUGAAUUUGCAGUGGCUGCUGAAUAUUACAAGAGAACAUUCGAUCUGGCUCGGCAACUGGGAGACAGGGUGGUGGAAGCACAAGCCUGCUACAGCCUGGGAAACACUUACACCCUGCUGCAAGACUAUGAAAAGGCCAUUGAAUACCAUUUGAAACAUCUUAUGAUAGCACGAGAGCUUUGUGAUAGGAUUGGUGAAGGACGAGCUUGUUGGAGUUUGGGAAAUGCUUACACUGCAUUAGGAGAUCACGAACAAGCAGUGCAUUUUGCAGAGAAACACUUUGAAAUUUCAAGAGAGGUAGGGGAUAAGAGUGGUGAACUCACAGCCCGGAUGAAUCUUUCAGAUCUUCAGUUGGUGUUGGGUGUUAGCUACAGUACAAACAGCUCCUUCUUAUCCUCAAGUCAUGAAUUGGAUUACAGCUAUCAAGGAGCUCGACCAAGACUGAGCCGUCGGCAAAGUAUGGAGAAAAUGGAACUUAUGAAGUUAACACCAGAAAAGGUUCAGAAUUGGAAGAGUGAAAUUCUCAUGAAACAGAAACCUGCCCUUUGGAAACCAUCGACUAAGUUGUUGUUUAUAAACCGAUUCAGGGGAAAAAAGCAUAAAAGUAACAAUUCAUCUGCAAAAGCUUUAAAAGAUGCCACUAAUUCUGUGGUCUUAAAUGAUGCUCAAGUCCAUGCUCCACAAAAGAAAAUCACUUCAGAUUUAAUGGGAGAUGAAGGCUUCUUUGACUUGCUGAGUCAGUUCCAGAGUAACCGUAUGGAUGACCAACGAUGUUCAUUCACGGGAAAUCAGAAUUGUGUGGUGAAGCCUUUACCUGCCACAUCCGCACCACCAAAACCCUUGGCUCGAUCCAAAUCAGUGGUCUCACCACAGACCGAGUUUUUGGACCUGCUUGCUAGUUCCCAGAGUCGUCGAUUAGAUAAUCAACGUGCAAGCAUUGGCAACCUCCCUGGCUUGCGACUGAGCAGGUAUAAUAACCACACUAUUCACAGUCAGCUGAGCAGUGGUGACAGCAUGGAACCAGAUGAUCCUUUCUUUGACAUACUACUAAAAUGUCAAGGCUGUAGGCUGGAUGACCAGAGAUGUACACCUCCACACUUUACACAGAAAUGUUUAACUGUUCCCGAUGAAGACUUUUUUAGCCUGAUCCUACGAUCUCAGGCCAAACGGAUGAAUGAACAACGGGGUACACUUUGUUCCAGUGAGGGAACAAAGUAAAAUUGAUCCCACUGAAGUGAAUGGAUGCUGACUGAUAAUGAAAAUAGUAAAUAUUCGUGAGAAGUUGGUAAAAUUUACAUUGCAAAUUGGAUUUCUAGCAACCGGCAAUUUUGUCUAAAAUGUACUCGAUUGAGUAAUUGUUUUUUGUAUUGACCUGUUAAAAUUUUACAGGAAUAUAAUUUUAAUGCAAAUUGCUUAACAGAGUAAAUUGGAAAUGUUAACAACACACACAAAAUGCUGGAAGAACUCAGCAGGCCAGGCAGUAUCUUUACGUAGAUGCUGCCUGACCUGCUGAGUUCCUCCAGCACUUUGUGUAUUGCUUGGAUUUCCAGCAUCUGCAAAUUUUCUCUUGUUUGAAAGUGGAAUUAUCAAUUCCUUUACAGUACAUACUGGUCACACAACCUGUUGGAAGAAUACACCAGUAUUAUUUUUAAAUUGAAAAUACUUAAUAUUCUGAUGAUCCUAACAGGAAAAGGAUUAUUAUGAUUUUUAGGUUUACAUGUUAUGAGAUCAACAAACAUUGGAAUUAUUAGCAAAAAGUAGUAACAGUUUAAUUACAGAAAAAUUACACUACUUAUUCUUUGACUUGUUUUGGCAAUGCCUACAGGAAAUUGUAUUUAUAAACGGAACAAUUCUCAAAUGUACAUAAAUUGCAGCCUUGCGUAAUGUCUUGUGUCACCAAUCUUGGGCUGAUUCUCAGUUUCAAGAUCCUUUCAUGAAACUACAGAAUUUUAUUUUUUUCAAUUGUGACAGGAAGAAACGCUAUUGAUAAACUUAUGGUUGAAUUAUGCAUAAAUAAUUUCAGUAAUGUAUACAUUCUUUGGAAUCAGUGUACCAUUUUUAGAAAUUAAGUUUAAAUUAAAACUCAAAAUCCAA